AUGAAGUUACAAACAGCAAUAUUAGCUACAGCGGUACAGGUGUCGAUAACUUCUGCAUUAGUUAUCCCUGAUCUUCAAUCAAUUUUGGGAUUUGACCAGUUAUCAGACUCCGUUAAGAUUAAGCAAGCGGAUACAUCCCAAGGCGAAUACCAUGGGUUUGCGCCAAUGCUCAACAAGGGACUCAAAGGUGAGUUUGUUCCUCACAAAUAUGUGAUUGUAUUGAAGGAUGGUAUUGAUACCGAACAGAUGAAACUGCACAAAGAAUGGGUUGAAACAGAGUACAAGCUGAUGGUUUCGAAUGAGGAUAGCGCGAUGAGCAGUAUUUGGAAGAAGAUGUUCAAAUACGGCGAUGAUGCUAUGGUAGACUUCUUUAAUAUCCACGACUUGGUUAGGGGUUAUGCUGGUUAUUUUAAUGAUGCUUUGCUUGAGAAAAUUCAGCAUAAUCCGAUGGUCAAGUUUGUUGAACGUGAGACUGUUUUCCACACAAGAGAGUUUGAUGUGGAAAAGGAGGCACCAUGGGGGUUAUCGAGAAUCAGUCACCGUGAGUUGGCGCCUACUGUCGACUAUUUGUUUGACAAUGAAGGAGGUAGAGGAGUUACUGCUUAUGUUGUCGACACCGGCAUCAAGGUAGAACACGAAGAGUUCGAAGGUAGAGCACAAUGGGGAGAAGUUGUGCCAUUGCCUAAGCUCAAGCUUGAUGGACAUGGCCAUGGUACUCAUUGUGCAGGUGUUAUUGGCAGUAAGACAUACGGUAUCGCAAAGCAAGUGGACUUGGUUGCUGUAGGAGUCAUGAAUCUCUUGGGAUCUGGUACUACGUCUGAUAUCAUCAAGGGACUUGAGUACGUGGUUAACGACCACAAGGCGAAUUCCAAUGGAAAGAAGAAGAAUUUCAAGGGUUCAGUGGUCAACAUGUCGAUUGGAGGAGGUAUCCUGGAAGCUUUAGAUCUAGCAGUCAAUGCCGGAACCAAAGCAGGUUUGCACAUCGCCGUUGCCGCCGGUAAUGAUAACCAAGAUGCGUGUGAGUACUCUCCAGCUAGAGCCACUGGACCAAUUACUGUCGGUGCUACCAACAACAAGGACUCGAAGGCAAGCUUCUCCAAUUUUGGAAGAUGUGUCGAUGUAUUCGCCCCCGGUGAAGACAUCCUCUCAACCUUCACAUGGAGUAAGACUGUAAGCAUGUCGGGUACUUCUAUGGCAUCACCACACAUCGCCGGGCUUUUAUCGUACUACUUGUCGUUACAACCGGAAGUAUCCUCCCAGUAUGCUACGCCCGCUGAUCCGCUCUCCUUGAAGGCCAAAUUGCUCAAGUACAGUACCAAGGGUGUCAUCAAUGACUUGACCGAUGGCUUGAGUCCUAACUUAUUGGCCUAUAACGGUGGUGGGGGCAACUUGACCGACUUCUGGAGCCUUUAG